UCGGCGCUCUCUGUCGCCGACAGGUUUAUAAUCCUCCGGCGAGCAAAAACAUUGUUCCUGUAGACGAAACCACUAUUCCGAAAAGCUUUGCUGCUGUGUUCUGGCUUCUACUCAAUAUGGCGAUCAGAGUUCUCAACAAUCAAUCAAGAUUUGUAUCUGCAAAGCUAUAUAGUACAAGUGGACAAGUCAUUGACGUUGCGGAAGUAACAAAGAAAAUAUCCAAAGUAAUGAUGUCUUCUCCCCAACAGGUUCUCGAAUCAGCACUAGACCAAACUGGCUUAAGGGUCUCACCAGAAGUAGCAGAAGACAUCCUCAACAGAUUCAGGAACGCUGGUCUGUUAGCAUACAGAUUCUUCCAGUGGUCUGAAAAGCAACGCCACUACGAACACAGCGUCCGUGCCUACCACAUGAUGAUCGAGUCCACAGCCAAGAUAAAGCAGUAUAAGCUCAUGUGGGACCUCAUCAACUCGAUGAGGAAGAAGAAGAUGCUAAACGUGGAGACCUUUUGUAUAGUGAUGAGGAAGUACGCGAGGGCGCAGAAGGUGGACGAGGCGGUUUACGCGUUUAACGUGAUGGAGAAGUAUGAUUUGGCGCAGAAUCUUGCUGCUUUUAAUGGGCUGUUGAGUGCCUUGUGUAAGUCCAAGAACGUGAGGAAAGCUCAGGAGAUAUUCGAGACGACGAGAGAGAGGUUUGUGCCUGACUCCAAAACUUAUAGUAUAUUGCUUGGUGGAUGGGGGAAAGAACCAAACUUGCCUAAGGCGAGAGAGGUGUUCAGGGAGAUGAUUGAUGCUGGUUGCGAGCCUGAUGUAGUGACUUACAGUACAAUGGUUGAUAUAUUGUGUAAAGCUGGAAGAGUCGAUGAAGCUCUUGGGGUUGUGAGGAGUAUGGAUUCAAGGAUCUGCAAGCCGACGAGUUUCAUCUAUAGUGUGCUUGUGCAUACUUACGGAACAGAGAACCGUCUUGAAGAGGCUGUGGAGACGUUUCUAGAGAUGGAGAGAAGUGGUGUAGAAGCAGAUGUAGCGGUUUUUAACUCGUUGAUAGGCGCGUUUUGCAAGGCGAAUAAGAUUAAGAAUGUGUAUAGGGUUUUGAAAGAGAUGAAGAGUAAAGGUGUGACGCCUAACUCCAAGACAUGUAACAUCAUUCUACGCCAUUUGAUAGAAUGCGGUGAGAAAGACGAAGCGUUUGAUGUGUUUAGGAAGAUGAUCAGAGUGUGUGAGCCAGAUGCAGACACAUACACGAUGAUGAUAAAGAUGUUUUGUGAGAAGAAAGAGAUGGAGACUGCUAAUAAAGUGUGGAGGCGCAUGAGGAAAAAGGGUGUUUUUCCGAGUAUGCAUACUUUUGCUGUUCUUAUUAAUGGGUUGUGCGAGGAGGGUGAUACUCAAAGGGCUUGUGUUUUGUUGGAGGAGAUGAUUGAGAUGGGGAUUAGACCAUCGGGUGUGACGUUUGGGAGAUUAAGACAGCUGCUUUUGAAAGAGAGUAGAGAUGAUGUGGUCAGGUUUCUUAAUGAGAAGAUGAAUCUUUUGGUCAAUGAGCCUUUGUGUGAUUGACAAGUACAUCUCACAGCAGCUGGUUCUAAGUGUUUUUGGACAUGUUUGGUUUUUGUCUGAUUGGCUUAGGAUCCAUUUCAAUUGUUGUAAAGUUGUAAUUGAAGUUGAAACCAGCAGAUUGUUACGGUUCAGAUUGUAAACUGGUUUUUGUCCUUUGGUUCAUU